GCACUUGAGGCGUAAAAAGUAUCCUUGUUAAGGGGGGGAGGAUGGAGUAGAUACAAAGUGUCGGGCGGGCGCGGCUGGUGCUGAGCAUGAGUUGGGACGCACUGGUUACAAUUGUAUCCACCCGCAGGCGGCGGUAACAUUGUUACCCUCCCUCCUCCCCCUUACGCCGGCUCUGCGCUCAACUCGGCCUCUCUCCUCUCUCCUGUCUCCUGCUCCUGCUGACAAGGGGACUGAUCGCUGUUAAGUGAGAGAGCCACACAAAAGACCAAGAUGUCUGGAGCAUCUGUCAAAGUGGCAGUACGGGUCAGACCCUUCAACUCCAGAGAGACCGGCAAGGAUUCCAAAUGCAUUAUCCAGAUGCAGGGCAGCUCCACCAGUAUUAUAAACCCGAAGAACCCAAAGGAAUCACCAAAGACCUUCAGCUUUGAUCACUCUUAUUGGUCACAUACCUCGCCCGAAGAUCCGGCCUUUGCUUCUCAGAGUCAAGUCUACAAUGACAUUGGUAAAGAAAUGCUGCAACACUCGUUUGAGGGUUACAAUGUAUGCAUUUUCGCAUACGGGCAAACGGGGGCUGGAAAAUCCUACACUAUGAUGGGAAAGCAGGAUAAAGACCAUCAAGGAAUAAUUCCACAGCUUUGUGAAGAACUCUUUGAAAAAAUCAACGACAACAGCAAUUCUGACAUGUCGUAUUCUGUGGAGGUCAGUUACAUGGAAAUUUAUUGUGAAAGGGUUCGAGAUCUGCUAAAUCCCAAGACUAAAGGAAACCUACGUGUCAGAGAGCACCCACUGCUGGGACCCUACGUAGAAGAUCUUUCCAAACUGGCUGUAACAUCAUACACGGACAUUGCAGAUCUAAUGGAUGCAGGGAACAAAGCUAGAACUGUGGCAGCUACAAAUAUGAAUGAGACCAGCAGCCGUUCCCAUGCCGUUUUCACCAUAGUUUUUACCCAGAAGAGACAUGACGUGGAAACUGACCUUUGCACAGAAAAGGUAAGCAAAAUUAGCCUCGUUGACCUGGCUGGUAGUGAACGAGCUGACUCCACUGGGGCUAAAGGAACAAGAUUAAAGGAAGGAGCGAAUAUCAACAAAUCACUCACAACGUUAGGAAAAGUCAUCUCUGCCCUUGCAGAAGUGGAUAAUGCCCCCAGUAAGAGCAAGAAGAAAAAGAAGUCCGACUUCAUUCCCUACAGAGACUCUGUUCUGACAUGGCUUCUAAGGGAGAAUCUAGGUGGAAACUCACGAACUGCUAUGGUUGCUGCUCUCAGUCCAGCUGACAUAAACUAUGAUGAAACUCUCAGCACUUUAAGGUAUGCAGAUCGUGCAAAGCAGAUCAAAUGCAAUGCAGUGAUUAAUGAAGAUCCAAAUGCAAAACUUAUCCGGGAAUUGAAGGACGAAGUCACAAGAUUGAAGGACUUGCUGUGUUCUCAGGGUCUGGGAGAUAUCUUAGACAAUUUGAAAGAGAUACAGAACAGUAAGCAUAAGUACAAACUAGCUUCAGGAAAUCAAAGGCCUGGCCAUUUCUCCACAGCACCCGUGGGUUCACUGACAGCUUCCCCAUCCUCAUCUUCGUUGAGCAGCCAGGCAGGCAUUCAGUCAGUGACCAGCCUGCAAGAGAGAAUCAUGUCAACUCCAGGUGGUGAAGAGGCCAUUGAACGCUUAAAGGAAUCAGAGAAGAUCAUUGCUGAACUGAAUGAGACCUGGGAGGAGAAGCUUCGGAAAACCGAAGCCAUUAGGAUGGAGAGGGAGGCCCUUUUGGCUGAAAUGGGAGUUGCUAUCCGAGAGGACGGAGGCACAUUAGGAGUAUUCUCUCCGAAAAAGACACCACAUCUUGUGAAUCUCAAUGAGGAUCCUCUCAUGUCAGAAUGUCUUCUGUACUACAUCAAAGAUGGCAUCACAAGGGUUGGCCAGGCAGAUGCCCAGAGACGUCAGGAUAUUGUUCUCAGUGGUGCACACAUCAGAGAAGAGCACUGUAGUUUCAGGAGUGACAAGAACCAAAAUGGAGAAGUUAUCGUUACCCUGGUGCCCUGUGAAGGAUCUGAAACUUAUGUGAAUGGCAAACGAGUCGCCAAUCCAGUGAAAUUACGUUCAGGGAAUCGUAUAAUUAUGGGCAAGAAUCACGUCUUCCGAUUCAAUCAUCCUGAGCAGGCACGUGCUGAACGUGAGAAGACCCCUUCUGCUGAGACCCCAGUAGAACCUGUUGAUUGGGCUUUUGCUCAACGAGAGCUCCUGGAGAAACAGGGCAUAGAUAUGAAACAAGAGAUGGAAAAAAGGCUUCAAGAAAUGGAGAUUCUAUACAAGAAAGAGAAGGAGGAGGCAGAUCUGCUUCUGGAGCAACAACGCCUGGACUAUGAAAGUAAGCUCGAAGCUUUACAGAAACAAGUGGAAACCCGUUCAUUAGUUGCAGAAACAACUGAGGAAGAGGAGGAGGAAGAGGAAGAAGAAGCCCCCUGGACCCAACGUGAUUACGAGCUAGCAGAGUGGGCAUUCAGGAAAUGGAAGUAUCACCAGUUUACAUCUUUGCGUGACCUACUUUGGGGAAAUGCUGUCUAUCUAAAGGAGGCUAAUGCUAUUAGUGUUGAGCUGAAGAAAAAGGUACAAUUCCAAUUCGUGUUGCUCACUGACACACUCUAUUCCCCACUUCCGCCUGAAUUACUCCCUGCUGAGGUGGAAUCAGAUCGGGAAGCUCAGCAAUUCCCAAGAACCGUUGUUGCCGUGGAGGUACAAGAUCUGAAGAACGGUGCCACACAUUACUGGUCCUUGGAGAAACUCAAGCAGAGAUUGGAGCUAAUGCGUGAAAUGUAUGACCGUGCUGGAGAAAUGGCUUCCGCCACACAAGAUGACAGCGAGAGCAUGAUGACAGGCAGUGACCCAUUCUAUGACCGCUUCCAUUGGUUUAAGCUUGUGGGAAGUUCCCCAAUUUUCCACGGCUGUGUGAACGAGCACCUUGCCGAUCGCACGCCCUCGCCCACCUUCUCUACAGCUGAUUCUGAUAUCACUGAGCUUGCUGAUGAGCAGCAAGACGAAAUUGAGGACCUGGACGACGAGGCCUUUGUGGACGAUACUAGCUCAGACCUGGGGAAUGAAGAGGGAUCAGACAUCUUCGGCGAUGGGCAGGAUCCGUUUUAUGACCGGUCCCCCUGGUUCAUUUUAGUGGGAAGAGCUUUUGUGUACCUCAGCAAUUUGCUGUAUCCAGUACCCCUUGUUCACAGGAUUGCCAUAGUUAGUGAGAAGGGGGAGGUCCGAGGUUUCCUCCGAGUGGGUGUACAGGCCAUUACAGCUGAUGAGGAGGCACCAGACUAUGGAUCCGGUGUACGUCAGUCAGGCACUGCUAAAAUCUCAUUCGACGAUGAUAACUUCAAAGAGAGUUACGUUUCUUCUCUAGUAAUGUCACGCUCUGGGCUCUCACUGGAGGAACUUAGGAUUGUAGAAGGGCAGGGUCAGAGUACAGAGGUCAUCACCCCAUCGGAGGAGAUGAACAGAAUCAACGAACUGGAUUUUAAACCGGGCACGGAGCUGGACCCCAAGCUGUCCCUGGAGGGGAUUUCUGAUGGCAUUGGGGAACACCUGAAAGUCGGCAGUGUUUUCACUUUCCGAGUCACAGUGCUGCAGGCCAGUGGAAUCCCGCCAGAAUACGCCGACAUCUUUUGUCAGUUCAACUUCCUGCAUCGUCAUGAUGAGGCCUUCUCGACAGAGCCCCUAAAGAACAGCGGCCGGGGUACACCCCUUGGCUUUUACCACGUGCAGAAUGUCGCUGUCGAAGUAACUGAAUCAUUUGUAGAAUACAUCAAGACAAAGCCAAUUGUAUUUGAAGUAUUUGGGCACUAUCAGCAGCACCCGUAUCAUUACCAAGGACAAGAUUUUAAGAGUCCACCACAACCAGCUCGCAAAUAUUUCCCUCCUCCCAUGCCUCUGUCAAAGCCAGUUCCAGCCACUAAGUUGAAUGCCAUGAGCAAACCUAAUCUAGGACAAUGCGUCAGUAAAUACGACUUGCUUGUCUGGUUUGAGAUCAGUGAACUGGAACCUACAGGAGAGUAUAUCCCAGCAGUGGUGGACCAUAGCGGAGGACUGCCAUGUCAAGGCACUUACCUGCUUCACCAGGGAAUUCAGCGCAGGAUUACAGUAACAAUUGUACAUGAAAAGGGCAGUGAACUUCAUUGGAAGGAUGUUCGAGAGUUAGUUGUUGGCCGCAUAAGGAAUAAGCCAGAGGUGGAUGAGACUGUUGUGGAUGCUGUUUUAUCCUUGAAUAUUAUCUCUGCAAAACAUAUCAAAUCUUCAAAUGAGACUCACAGGCUAUUUCUUGAUUUGGAUUUACCUAGAAGUUUUUAUCGGUUUGAGGCCGUUUGGGAUAGCUCUCUGCAUAAUUCCCUCCUCCUGAACCGUGUGACUCCGUACGGUGAAAGAAUCUACAUGACACUUUCUGCAUACCUAGAGCUUGACCAUUGCAUUCAGCCUGCGAUAAUUACCAAGGACAUCUGUAUGAUCUUCUACUCCCGGGAUGCCAAGAUCUCACCUCCGCGGUCCUUGCGUAAUCUGUUUGGCAGCGGCUAUUCAAAGACACCUGACUGUAACCGAGUAAGUGGCAUCUAUGAGCUCAGUUUGUGCAAGAUGGCUGACACAGGGAGCCCUGGAAUGCAAAGGAGACGAAGAAAAAUUUUAGACACCUCGGUUGCCUACGUACGAGGAGAGGAGAAUCUAGCAGGAUGGAGACCCCGUGGGGAUAGCCUCAUCCUGGAACAUCAGUGGGAACUGGAGAAACUGGAUCUCUUGCACGAGGUUGAGAGGACACGCCAUCUGCUGCUGUUGCGCGAGAAGCUCGGUGAGACAACUUCAAAAUCUCUCUGUGAUUCCAUCUCCCCGAGUAUGAGCAGCGGUACGCUCAGCACCUCGACUAGCAUCUCCUCUCAGAUAUCUACCACAACGUUUGAGAGCGCCGUCACGCCCAGUGAAAGCAGUGGAUAUGACUCUGCGGACAUUCAGAGCCUUGUGGAUCGAGAGAAAGAACUGGCAACCAAGUGCCUACGACUUCUAAUGCACACAUUUAAUAAAGAACUGAACCAAGUCUGCAGCAGCAUCAGUGACAGUAAGCUUUCAGAUGUAAACUCCCCGAUUGGUCGCGAUGCUUCCGUGUCCAGUUUCAGCAGCACCACACUCACUCCUUCUUCCACUUGCCCAUCACUAGCCGACUCCAGGUGUAACUCAGUGGAUCAGAAAACUCCUGAGGCCAACUCUAGGUCUUCUAGUCCGUGCAUGGAGUUUGAUGGCUUCCCCAUGGUUUCUCGAGUAGAAACUUCAUACCUAGCCAGAGCAGGGAAGAAUGAAUUCCUGAACCUGCUACCUGACAUUGAAGAGAUUAGGACCGGUCCUGUGGUGUCAAAGAAAGGAUAUCUGCAUUUCAUGGAACCACAAUCUAAUUCUUGGGUGAAGCAUUAUGUUGCUAUCCGUCGUCCAUAUGUGUUUAUCUACAAUAGUGAUAAAGACCCAGUAGAAAGAGGCAUUCUGAAUCUGUCCACAGCUCAGGUGGAGUACAGUGAGGAUCAACAGGCAAUGUUAAAGACAUCUAACACUUUUGCAGUGUGCACAAAACAUCGUGGAAUACUUCUGCAAGCAAGCAAUGACAAGGAUAUGUAUGACUGGUUGUAUGCUUUCAAUCCACUGCUGGCUGGCUCAAUCAGGUCAAAACUCGCUAGGAGACGUUCAGGGCAACAAACGAUGUAAAGGAAAACCUUCACUGAAAGCAAGAAAUGAAGUAGUAAUUCUGACUUGCCUUUCGAACAUACAAGUGUUGCUCUUAACCUUUUGUGAUUUUUGACGGUUUCUCAUGUACACGUGGCUUAACUCUCUAUCUGAGCACCUUUUUUUCUAGUUACCAAAAUACUGCUUUUUCUUUACAUCCAUUCCAGAUCUCGUAGUAGCAUGUUGUAAAAUAGUCGAGUGUGUGCACGAUUCUCAACACCUUUUUCCAUUUUCGCCUUCUUGUGUCUGUAGGAUGUCCUUGUCUGUGCUUUCUGUCAAGCUGUAGCCUUUAAUUUGCAAACCAUAGGGAUAACUGCAACUGGCCCUUGGGGCAUGAAGCUGUAAGAUGAGAGGGAGCUCGUCUUGAUGAGAUGAGAGAGAUGUAAGAUGAGUUUAAGGAGCGUAUGUAUCUUCGGGAAUAGGUUGUGUGUUCUGGAAUACCUUGCAUGGUAAUCUCCAGUAUUCUAGAAUGUCAUGGCUGCCGGAAGAUUUUAGACUGAACGUUUUUGAUGAUCGCAGCAGCUGCACACUUUGCUGGAUUGUUAAAUGUGGGUCGGUGGGGUUAGUGAAGUUCAUUCUGAGGAAGUGCAUUCCUUCUACUUAGCAGGAAAACUAGCCGAUCUUGAAAGCUGACCCACUUUGAAUGGAUUCACCAGUAAAUAGUGUAACAGGAAGACACAGGACAGACUGGGGAAAACAAUCUGGGUAAGAUGCUGCUUAUUUUCGGCACAUGCUACAGUGGUUGGACUGUCCCCUUUCCUAAAUCUCUUCCUUCUGUGUGCAUGCAAAUUUAGAGCUACAAAUUUGCUCUAGUUUCCUCCUCCUUACUUUUGGGCAAAAAAGCAGAUAAUAGCAGAUAGUUUUUUCAGAAUUGACUUCCACAAUGCACAUGAUUCUCACCUUUGAGUGCAUUGAGAUGCCUGCGUUAUUUCAGUAACAAAUGCUUCCUUGCAGUAUAAUCGUCAUCAAUCAGGAGCAAUACCCGAGAAUAACUGACCCAAGGUCAGGUAAUUCCACAUCACUGCUGUGCCAGAUGGAGAGCUGUAAAUACUCCACAACUCCUGCACCAAUGCUGUAUUCCUGCAUACAACCAGAUGCAUUAGAAAUAAAGUUGCCUUCAAAUCCAUUAUGCCAUGAUGAGGUACUUGCUAACCCUUUUAGUAGCUGGCCUUUGCCCAUCAGAUAACCUGCAAGCUGAUGUUGCUAUUUUAAAAUAAGGGUGCAAUUUAGAAAGUAGCAAAAGAAAAACAAGACUCUAUUGAAGUUGCAGGCCAGUAUUCACACCUGUGACUGUACCAGUGAGCUUACUGCAGUAGUUAAAGUACAGAUGUUGAGGCAAUCCUCUCAACAGCUCAUCAUGCGAUAAUCUUUAAUGUGUUUCAGUCUCAACAGUUUAGCUAAGAACAAGUUUGACUGAAGGGACAAGGGUUUCAUUGCACGUUAUUCCCCUGAAGUUACACACACACAAUGAUUUUCAGUUUUUGCAAUCCAUUUUGUAUCUUGACUGUCACUAAUGCAUCCCUAAAGCUGUAUGCUAAAAUGUCCCUUGCCAAACGGUUUGCUCCUUUCACCAAACAAAGUAUAACACAAGCUGAUCACAUCCCUGUUUAUGGGCAAUUGCAAUGUCAGUGUUUCUCAGUAGUUUUGAGUUUGCUGUCAUAAAAUGUCAUCUUAUUGCCAAAAUGAAAUGCACCAAUUUGUAUAACUGCAGGGUAGAUUAGAACAAAUGAUUAGAGAAUAUUUAAUCAUUUGAGGAAAUAUUGACUAACCGCACUGUAAUGAAUGGAGGCACUUAGAGUGAAAACAAAGGUUUGUGACAAGCUAUUUAUUAGAAAAAAGUUCAUAUAUUUAGGAUAUGAUUGGCAAUCAUGUAGCAUUUUGCCACACUUGAACACAGAGGAAACAUUUCGAUAAUUGUAGUUUUGUCCUCGAUCUAUUCCGUUUGGCCCAGCAGUAUAACAGGCUUCCCUGGGCAUCUCAAAGACCUCCAUUCCUUGUAGGGCUUUUCCCUCCAAUUGUUUUCAAACGUUGCUACAUAAGCGUGUACUUCUAAUGCAUUAUAGCUGCCUAAUAAAGCUUGUGUGUCAUGAAAACACUUUUUCACUAACACCAAACGAAAGUGAAGUGGAAUUCUAUGAUGCACACAGACCUUUUAUGGUCACAUGCAGUAGAGAUUAGACCACAUUUAGCAAACCAGCACAGACAAUUUAGCAUCGCUGCAGAUUUAUUUUUACAGUAUAUAUGCACUUUUUCUUACCAAUAACUGUUGACCAUGAUAUGCAUAAAUAGAGCUUGAUCAAAUGGGAUCCUAGUGGGGUUAUCUACUGGAUAUUCUUGCAGUUUGUCCACUGAACAGUUACCAGGAGACUUUAAGCUGCUUUACAUGCUAAUCAACACUGAUUUGUGGAGUGGAUAUAUGAGGGGCAUUAAUAGUCUAAUGCGACAGAGAACCAUAUUGAUGCUUGAAUUGUUUACUACAGGAGUUACCAGAAUGAAAGCUGCCUCAGCAAAUCAAAAGUGAGAAUUUCAGUGGUAAUAUUUGAUUAGUGUACUGUUUACAGUUUCAUUUUAUUGCAGAAGGAACAGUGCUAUGAAAUGAGAAGGGGGAAAUCUUUAAUCUUUGCUUUGAACAACUGAAAUCAAAUGAACGAAAGUGCUGAAACUGAAAUUUUAAUCCUUAGUACUCAUCCUAUUCCUUGAAAUCCCAACUCGAUUUGCUCUUCCCUCACCAGAUUUCUGUUUUUAAAAAAAAGUUUAAUUUGUAUAAAAGGAUCCAAGUGUUUAUGAAAUAUAUGUGGAAACAUGUUGCUGAGUUUAAGGUAAAUGCAUAUUCAUUUGUACACAAGACUUGCCUAGUUUGCAACUAUAACUUACGUUGCAUCUCACGCUAUCAUAAUAUGGCGUGAGUAAAAUUGGAUACAGUUUAGCUUCUACAAACCUAGGAAAUCAAAUAGCAAACAACAUUUAUCUAAUACAUAGAUCCUUUUAGAUAUAACUAUUGAGAAUUAAAAUAUAAUUAUAUUCUCUGAUGCAUUUUAAAAAAAAACUGUUCACUAAAGAGAGCCAUUUAAAAAUAACGAAGGGCUUGACUGAGGCCGGAAAACCUACAGUUCAUGGUCUGCACUGGAACAAAAGUAGAAAUACCCAAGACCAGUUAAAUAUAUAGCUUUAUAGUGUAAGGAACCCAGUAUAUUAGACUACAUAGGUUAUAGUAUGCAUAAUGUAGUCAAUCACUUAUAAAUAACAGCAGAUGAUUUAACUCAUUGAGUUAAUCCCUUAUCAAGCUGCAUGGCUUUUAUUGUUAAUGGACUAUGCAAAUGUACCAUUUCUACUAAAACAUGGCUAUAUUUUGUUGCGUGACUUACAUUAACAAUAUUCAAGCUUCGAAUAGAAAGUAUCACUUUUCUGUUUAAAUUUCUUAAGUAUAAAAGCUGAAUCUAAACCAAAAGGUGGUAGUUUUUCGUAAGUCAGUAUCUGUGCUUAAGUAUCCGACUACAGAAGGACCCACCGCUAUUUAUUAUCUGCAAAUCACUCUUCGUAAAUAUUAAAGAUACGGUCCUUAGCUGUGAACGUGUACAGAUUUUGUAUUGGAGAAGGUCAGAUUAAAUAAGUAUGAUCAGUAGAGCCAAUACAAUGUGCGCCUGAGGUCAGCCAACCUGCAGAGCUCACUGCGAGAUGGUUCAUGCCAGAGGCCAGCCAACCUCCAGAGCAUGGGCAAUUUGAAAAGCAUUUGAUUAGUAGGACUUAAUGUACCAUACAUUGGUUAGCUAAUGCCUCAGUGUCUGAAAACUAAGACUAGUUCAUUUUUAUAUGCUAAGUACUAGAUAUUUGAAAUCAUUGCAGUAUAUUUAAGUUGGGAUAAAGUAGUCAAAAUAGAUACACGUUCUUGUAUGAUCUUUAUAGCUAGAUACAGGUAUGAAUGAAGGAUGUUGUAGGAGUAAGCUUUGAAGCCUUUACUUUCCACAUUAGAUACCAAAUGAAAUUUGCACAUCUUGCACUUUUAAUAUCAUGCUUCCAGCUACAUCACAAUGUAAGCAGCACUGGCACUAAAAAGAUAUAUCUUUUAAUACCAACCUAACUAUAGACAAAACAAAACCCUAGAUAUCUUCAAAACAUGAUGUACAGUUUAGUAAGGGUAUAACUGCUCUGAAUUGCUCUGUUAAAAUAUAAAUUGAAAACUGAUGACUGAAUUUUUUGUCAUUUUCUUUAAAAAAAGGGUAACUAAGUCUAAAAUAGUUUGGGAAGUCAAAUCUGCAAUUUGCUUAAAUCUUGAUGCAUUUUCAGGGAGCUGAAACAUAUCUUAAUAUAUGAAAUCACAUGAAAACAUAGAGUUAACCCUGUUUGAGAGUUGGCCUUCUCUACAGUUAGAAGAAAUAAUGUCCACGUUUUUAGAAGCAGAUUUUUUUUUAUUGUAUCAAAUCUCAAAUAAAUGAACUGAGACCCAAAGUUACCAACCCCUCAGUGAAUCAGAUUUGUCAAAUGAAGGACACUGAUAGAGCAGAACAUGCUUAAAAAAAUGACUUGGCCUUCAGUGUUGAUGAAGAAAAGAAAUCUAGAUGGAUGUAUAAAUAUCUGUUCACCUGAGUAAGUCAAAUCCACAGAACAAGUGCACUGGAAGUUCUUUUACUUUAGUACUGAUCUUUUUAAUUAACAUUGUAAGAUUCCAUUAUUGCCAUUGUUUUAUCAACUUUCAGAUUAUAAAUCCAGUUUCUACUGGAGGCCAGAAUUUGUUCACAUGUUAAACAAAUAUCAUGGAUUCAUCAGAGCACAGCUUUCCCCUCUCUCACUUCUAGCUUCUGUGUAAUUUUUAGCUAGUGCACAAUGAGUGCACUAUUUAUUUUGUAUGAAUUGUUUGCAGUAAAUUGCACACCUUUUAAGAAGUAAUUGUUUAGGAAGGGAUUGAAAAUUGCUGUGGGACAUUGUAUAUUUUCUCAGCAUAAGAGCCCUUUCACCAGUACUGCACAUUUGGAUAUGAAACAUACAACCACUUUUUUUGAGAGAGACUGUAUACCUUUAUAAAGAACAUAAAGCGUUCAGAGUAGGGUUCCAGUAUAACAGUUGGCUUUUUGUUUUUCAGAUAAGCCAGACUGCAAGUACUCUAGUACUCUACUGCAGUACUUACUGUGAUUUAUUUUAUUUUUUUUUAAUAGAGUAUUUUGCAUGGAAAUUUGAAAACUGGUAAAUUGAGUGAUCAAAUCCACACUAAUCUUUCAGCUCUGCCGAAGCCUCCUGUACAUUGUUUAUGGGAAUCAGUGCUGAGAUUGAAUUAUUUUGUAGAUUUGAUUGCAUGAAGAACUUAUAUAUAAAUUGAUGAGUUAUACCAUCUCCCUCAAAAUAAAAGAUGAGUGGGUAUUGCCAUUAAAGGGAAAGAUACGGUAGCUGCUGUUCGUAGGUUUGAAUGUGCUGGUAAUCAGGAAUUUACCUGUGUGUUUUUCUAAUUUUAAUUUUGUCUGUUGUGGCUGGUUAACCACAAUCCAUUGUAGUUUAAGGGUAGUUUUAGUUGGGAUUGAUUUAUUGUGCUUCCUGUCAACACCAGUCCCCUCAGAGGAGUGCAUCAACACUGUACAUUAUUUAUUAUAUUUCAUCAGGGUGGCUACACAUUCAUAAUUUUUAUUUUGUAAAUAUGUGUUGAACCAAGCUUGAGGUAUAAAGACUUAAAAAUGUAAAUAUUUCAUUUAUUUGUACUAAUUAUAAUCCAUUCGCUGUAUAGCAUAGACGUGUAAUGCAGAUAUCUAAUUCUGUGUAUGGUAACCUGCACCACUGAACUGUUUAGUGAAUGAGGUAACAAUAAAGGUACAACCAGAGCAUAAGCAAAA